AUGGAAAGUAUGGCAGCAGCCCGCUGCAGCAGCAGCCAACUCAACUCCAGAGUUCUUGUCGCUGUCAAGGAGCCACUCAGACCUGAAAGCCACGGCAGCGACUGUAAGGGGCGAGGACUGCAAGCCUUCGCCGCGUGCGUGGCUGCGUGCGCCGCCGCCGGCGGGCGGCACCGAGGCUUCCGGACACUCUGCAAAGCGGAGGCUUCCGAUGUGCCGCGGCGUGUCGCAGCCGCAGCAGCUGCUGUGGCUGCUGCAGACGCAGUGUUGCGAAGGGACGACCGCUAUGCGCCUUCUGGACCGACAUUGUGGCCUCCCAAGGCAUUCAAGGAAACAGAGCGAACAGAGCUGGUCCCCGGGCUGAUGUGGGGCCCGGAGCAAGUGAUCGCCUUCUUCACGGUUUCUGCUAACAUUCGUAUGAUCGUCGUGCGGAUGGAGGACAAGAGACUCUGGGUGUGUGGUCCCAUCUCGCCCACCCGUGAGUGUCUUCGAUUGCUGGAUGAGCUCGGGGAAGUGGCGCACCUCGUAGUGCCCGGCACGGCUUUGGAGCACAAGGCCUCCCUGUCAGAGUUCUCCCAGCUCUAUCCCAAGGCGACUGUAUGGGUGUCUCCCGGCCAGAAAGCUUCGCCCCUGGAUCCUCCUCUCGGCUCGCAUGUGGAUGGUGUGCUGGGAGUUGAUGGGCCUCCUCCAUGGGAGAAGGAAAUCGACUACAAG